AUGACUGAACAUCCGGUGUUCACAUGGGUAGAGAACAUUUGUGUGGUGUACUUCUCAAUGGAGUACGUGCUGCGAUUUCUGGUCGCUCCACGAAAAGUCGCAUUUGCACGGCAGUUUCUCAACGUCAUCGAUAUGUUAUCCAUAGCACCGUUCUACUUCGAGAUGCUCCUUUGGCUGCGGCCGUCAAGUUGGCGUCACGCCCCAGAAGUCACCAUCGUUUCCAAGCCUAAUUGGGCAAACCAAGAAAGAAGGGCUGCUAUUCAUCGAUGUCAACUAUUAAGAGCAUUUUCAGGAUUGGCGAAUUUUGCACUGACAAUACGGAAGUCCAAAAAGCAAAUGCAAAUGGUGGGCGUGGUCAUGGUUACGGUAGUGAUUUUCUUCUCCACUCUUAUCUACUUCCUCGAGCGAGACGAACCAGACACGAAAUUCAGCAGCAUACCUGCUACCUUCUGGUGGUGCGUGGUUACGAUGGCUACGGUUGGAUACGGUGAUUUGGUCCCGGUCACGGUCGCAGGAAAACUGGUCGGAACUGGUGCGAUAGUAUGCGGUGUAAUGGUGCUUGCAUUACCGAUCACGAUUAUGGUGAACAACUUCAUGCAAGUGGUGAAGUUACGGGAAGAGAAAAUUGUCAAGAAAUAUGCUCAACAGCACGGUGAUCAAGUCUGA